AUGGCGACUAAAGUAAAGAACAAAGUUUCAGCUGCUUUUAAAAUGCACGGGUUAAUCUUGAGAUCUAAUGCUGCAAAAUUUCUCGUGGAUGUUCUUGAGACAGUCGAUGAGUUGAAUCUUGAAGAUGCAAUUGAACGUAUCAUUGAUGCAGUUGAAAAACAGCCAUUGAACUGCAACAUGAUAGAGCAAUCAAUGGUGGAGGCAGCAGUCCAGGAGUGCAGUCAGACUUGUGAUGAAACUAUAGAACACGUCUUCAACAUAAUUGGUGCAUUUGAUGUUCCUCGUUAUAUCUACAAUUCAGAAAGGAAGAAAUUUUUACCUCUUGCAAUGACAGAUCGCAGUGCACCUUGUCUGUUUGGAACAUCGCGAAACAAAGCUGAACUAUUUUGUGAACGCUACACUAUUAUGCAACAGCGAACUCAUAGACAUGAAUUAUUUACACCUCCUGUGACAGGAUCACAUCCUGAUGAGAACAGAAAUAAAUUUCAACUAAAAACUAUAGAAAUGCUCCUUGGCAGCACAUCAAAGGUUGGAGAAGUCAUUGUGCUGGGGAUGAUAACACAACUUAAAGAGGGAAAAUUCUUUCUUGAAGAUCCAACUGGAACUGUUCAACUCAAUCUUAGUAAAGCUCAGUUUCAUAGUGGCUUAUAUACAGAAUCUUGCUUCGUUCUUGCAGAAGGAUGGUACGAAGAUGGAGUUUUUCAUGUCAAUGGGUUUGGUUUUCCACCCACUGAACCUUCCAGCAUUACAAGAUCUUAUUAUGGCAACAUUAACUUUUUUGGCGGUCCCUCUGCUACAUCAGUGAAAUCUUCAACAAAAUUAAAGCAAUUGGAGGAAGAAAAUGAAGAUGCCAUGUUUGUUUUUGUCUCUGAUUUAUGGCUGGACCAGGUGGAAGUACUUGAAAAACUUCAUAUGAUGUUUUCAGGUUAUUCUUCCAUGCCGCCCACUUGCUUCAUCUUCUGUGGCAAUUUUUCCUCUGCUCCCUAUGGAAACAACCAAAUAAAGUCUCUAAUAGAAUCUCUGAAAACACUUGCAGAUAUUAUCUGUGAAUAUCCGAAUAUCCAUAAAAAUAGCCGCUUUGUUUUUGUUCCUGGCCCUGACGAUCCUGGUCCUGGUUCUAUCUUACCCAGACCUCCGCUUGCUGACUAUAUCACAGAAGAGUUUAGCAAGAGGAUUCCAUUUUCUGUAUUUACUACAAAUCCCUGCAGGAUUCAAUAUUGUACACAGGAAAUCAUCAUUUUUCGUGAAGAUUUGGUCAAUAAGAUGUGCAGAAAUUGUAUUCGUUUUCCUAGCAGCAAUUUGGAUAUUCCAAACCACUUUGUCAAGACCAUCAUUGCACAAGGACAUCUAACACCACUCCCACUAUUUGUUAGUCCAGUCUACUGGGCCUAUGAUUAUGCUCUUUCUGUAUACCCGGUACCCGACUUGAUUGUGUUUGCUGACAAGUAUGAUCCAUUCAACAUCGUCCAUACAGAUUGCAUUUGCAUCAAUCCUGGCUCAUUUCCUCGAAGUGGGUUCUGCUUCAAGGUAUACUACCCCUCAAAUAGAACUGUGGAGGACAGUAAACUUCAGAAUCUUUGAUUGCAAAAUUUUAAAACUUAGAGACUGGAUAUUGAAGACUUACAUUUGCACAUUAAUGCCUUUUCCAUUUUUGAGCAUUUCUUGUUUAUUUGUACAUAUCUGUAUUGGAGAUUUUGUUUAUAAAUUAAAUUUAGAAUGUCUGUCUGCUUUAGUU